CAUGCUGCUGCCAGGUCCAGAGUGUGUCAUGGGUCCCUGUAUGGCCUCCCAUUGCUGCUGUCUCCAUCGCCACACUCUGCCAUGUGCCACUUUCAGGUCUCCUCACACUGCUGGUGGGUUCCAUUUUGUCAUAGGGUGCUGGCAGAUUACGGGCCUCCCAUUGCUGCUGCCAGGCCCGUAAUCUGCCAUGGGCCCCCGUACCGACCUCCUCAUGCUGCUGCCAGGUCCAGAGUGUGUCAUGGGUCCCUGUACGGCCUCCCAUUGCUGCUGUCUCCAUCGCCACACUCUGCCAUGUGCCACUUUCAGGUCUCCUCACACUGCUGGUGGGUUCCAUUUUGU